AACUUGUGUGGUGACGUCUCGGGCGAGGGGGAGGAGGAAGCGUGAGCCAGCUAAGGGUGCGUUUUCUCCAAGAGCGAUAAACAAGAGAGAGGAGAAAAGUAAAAAGACUGAGGCGAGAGGAGAAGAAAAGACGGAGCGUACUGAGGGGAGGCAGCCCGCCCCCUAACGCCGCUCUUCCUCUUCAUUUCCUACAAGGAUAAGCCGCGGCUGAGGGGAGAAAGUUUGUGGAGAAGUUGCUUGGAGAAGUCGCAGGAAAGUUUCCAUGUCCGUACGGUGUCAUUGCGUCAGUUCUCCUCAGCCCCUCACCAUGCUGCUCCGUUCCCCGGUGUGAGGGAAAGUUCGGGAGAGAGGAAGGAAGGAGACGGCUGUGUGGCGUACUUGGCCAGCUCGGGAUAUAAAAGGCGGAGGAGGUCUGUCCGUGUAUAGAGAAGGGAACACGGAAAGGAUGUACCUGGAGGAGGAGGAGGGCGGCCGGGGGCUGCUGCGGCGGCGGCGGCUGUGCCACUUGCUUUUCGUGCUUCUGACGUUGCUGCCGGUGUCCAGCCGGGCUCUGGUGUGUUUACCGUGCGACGAGUCCAAGUGCGAGGAGCCCAAGAACUGCCCGGGGAGUAUCGUGCUGGGGAUCUGCGGCUGCUGCUUCAUGUGCGCCCGGCAGAAGAACGAGAGCUGCGGGGGAGUCUACGGGCUGCAUGGAGCAUGCGACAGGGGACUGCGCUGUGUGAUCCGCCCCCCGCUCAAUGGCGACUCCAUCACCGAGUACGAAGUGGGGGUCUGCGAAGAUGAAAAUUGGGAUGAUGACCAGCUACAUGGAUUCGAACCUUGCAAUGAAAAUUUUGUGACGGGAUGUAAUAUUAUCAAUGGAAAAUGUGAAUGUGACACUAUCCGGACCUGUAACAGCCCCUUUGAAUUCCCAAACCGUGACUCCUGCCUGACAGCACUGAGAAGAAUUGAAGAAGAAAAGCCUGACUGCUCAACAGCCCGAUGUGAAGUACAGUUUUCUCCACGGUGUGCAGAGGACUCGGUCCUCAUCGAAGGCUACGCACCUCCUGGCGAAUGCUGCCCCCUGCCCAGCCGUUGUGUAUGUAGCCCAGCAGGAUGCCUGAGAAAAGUCUGUCAGCCUGGUUAUCUCAAUAUACUUGUGUCAAAAGCAUCAGGCAUGCCAGGGGAAUGCUGUGACUUGUAUGAAUGCAAACCAGUUUUUAGCGUUGAUUGCAGUACCGUGGAGUGCCCUCCAGUUCAACAAGUUGUGUGCCCUCCAGACAGCUAUGAAACCCAAGUCCGUCUGACAGCUGAUGGAUGCUGCACAUUACCAACAAGAUGCGAGUGUCUUUCUGGCCUUUGCAGUUUCCCAGUGUGUGAAGCUGGGUCAAUCCCUCGGAUUGUCUCACGAGGCAAUGGCUCACCUGGAAAGUGCUGUGAUGUCUUUGAGUGUGUUAAUGAGACAAAGCCAACAUGCAUUUUUAACAAUGUGGAAUACUACGAUGGGGACAUGUUUCGCAUGGAUGCAUGCCGCUUCUGCCGUUGUCAGGGAGGAGUUUCCAUCUGCUUCUCAGCUCAGUGUGGUGAACUACACUGUGACCGCUAUUAUGUACCAGAAGGAGAGUGUUGUCCAGUCUGUGAAGAUCCUGUGUUCCCAGUGCAUGAUCCUGCUGGUUGCUAUGCUAAUGGACAGAUAAGAAGCCAUGGUGACCGCUGGAGAGAAGAUGACUGCACUUUCUGUCAGUGCAUUAAUGGAGAGCCCCACUGUGUGGCCACUGCAUGUGGACAGAGCUGUUUAAAACCAGUAAAAGUGCCGGGAGAGUGCUGUCCAGUGUGUGAAGAACCCACAUACAUCACUAUGGCGCCACCAACAUGUGAUCUGUUGAUAAACUGCACACUGACCGAAAAAGACUGUAGCUAUGGAUUCCGGCUAGACCAGAAUGGAUGUCGCAUAUGUCAGUGCAAAACAAGAGAAGAGCUGUGUACAGGGCUCAUAUCAGGUUGUGCAUUGGACUGCCCAUAUGGCUUUCAGACACACAUCCACAAUUGUGAAAUCUGUCAGUGCCGACCACGGCCCAAGAAGUGCAAGCCUGUGGUUUGUGAUAAAUACUGUCCGUUUGGCUACCUGAAGAACAAGCAUGGAUGUGAAAUCUGUCGUUGUAAAAAGUGCCCUGAUGUUCCAUGCAGCAAGAUCUGUCCAAAUGGCUUUGAGCAGGAUAGUCAAGGAUGCCUUGUCUGCAAAUGUAGAGAAGCAGCUUCAGUGCCACCAGUCUUAAUAGGCACCUGUCUAUCAAUGGAUGGUAGACGACAUGAAAAUGAAGAGAGCUGGCACGAUGGAUGCCGUGAGUGCUACUGUCACAAUGGACGGGAGAUGUGUGCAUUAAUAACCUGCCCUGUUCCCAACUGUGUCAACCCUACUUUACUUCCUGGGCAAUGCUGUCCAUCUUGUUCAGAUGACUCCAGUGGGAAAAAAACUGAAUUCACUGACCCAUCGAUUUGCCAUGCUCCAGGAGGCGAGUACUUUGUUGAGGGAGAGACAUGGAACUUUGAUUCUUGUACUCAAUGUACCUGCCAUAGUGGACGAGUGCUAUGCGAAACUGAAGUCUGCCCUCCAUUGCUUUGUCAAAUCCCUACCCGUACUCAAGACUCCUGCUGCCCACAUUGCCCAGAUGAAUCUUUACAGCCCUCGGUGCCCAGCAACGAGAGCCUGCCCAGCUACUGCAAAAAUGAAGAGGGAGACAUUUUCCUAGCAGCAGAGUCUUGGAAGCCCAAUGUUUGCACAAGCUGUGUCUGCAUGGAUGGAAAGAUAAGCUGCUACACAGAAACCUGUCCACCUGCUACCUGUGCAAGGCCGGUCUUGAGGAAGGGUCAGUGCUGUCCAUACUGCAUAGAGGAUACAAUUCCAAAGAAGGUGGUCUGUCACUUCAAUGGCAAAACAUAUGCUGAUGAGGAACGAUGGGACAUUGACAGUUGUACACAUUGCUAUUGCUUACAAGGACAAACACUUUGCUCUACAGUUAGUUGCCCACCUUUGCCAUGUGUGGAGCCAAUUAAUGUUGAAGGAAGCUGUUGUCCCAUGUGUACAGAGAUGUAUAUUCCAGAACCUACUAACAUCCCUAUUGAGAAGACAAAUCACAGAGGAAAAAAUGAACACGAUAGCUCUCAGUGGCCAACACCCAGUGAGAAUGAUAUUCUUCACCAUAGAGAAAUGGGUCAUCUUAAAGUUAACUACAGGGAAGGCGACAGACCUCGGCCCAGUGAAGAUGCGUCUCUUCAUUCAGUUGCGUGGGUGGCAGUCCCUAUAAUGACAGCACUUGUGAUCAUCAUAGUCCUCCUUCUCAUCAAUCAGAAAAAGCAGUGGAUUCCAGUACCUUGUUACCGCACUCCUACAAAGCCAACCUGCUUGAACAACCAGCUGGUGUAUGUGGACUGCAAGAAAGGAACUAUGGUACAAGUGGACAGCUCACAGAGGAUGUUAAGAAUGGCAGACCCAGACUCUAGAUACAGUGGCUUCUACAGUAUGCAAAAACAGAACAACCUUCAGGCAGAUAAUUUCUAUCAAACUGUGUGAGGUUUGCCUUGACAACUAUACCAUGGAUUUUUUUUCCUUUCUAAAAGGAAAAUUAUUCAGACAAGAGGAUGGGAAAAGACUAAAGCCUGCUAUAUAACUAAAAUAAACUAGAAACGUGCACUUGCUCAUUGGAUUGUGUGACAUGUACUGCCAAUACUUUACUGAGACGAACUCCUGUCUCCUGCAAUGUGCCAAAACAAACAUUCCCACUUUCCCUUUGUAACAACUGACCAAGUGUUUUCUUAGAACCAAAGUUUGGAGAACUGGCUCAUACAUAUCUGCUUGUAACAUAGCUGUAGAAAAGUUUUCUUAUUUUUUUUUGGUUUGUUGGGGUGGUGGUUUGGGGUAUCGACAAUGGAGAGGUCACAUGAGAUUAAGUGGAUGAAGACAGGAGGUAAGAAAAUGCGGUUAGUGGGGCACUCAAUUUCUUUUCACAAAGUUGGUCACAUUGUCAAACCACGCACAUGAAAUAAUGGAAAUUCCUGCACCCCUACUUAAAGACAUUGGCUUCUCUUGCAUCUGAGAUUCUACAUAUGUGUCAAAUGACAAAAAAUUAGGUUGAUCAGCGUGAUCUUUGCAGUUGUUAAGAUUGUUAAGCACUAAUUAUGCUACAGUAUAAAUUACAGCCAUAGUUAUGCUGCAAUUACUUUUUCCUUUCUAAGAUGAUCUCUUUACAGAUGUAUAGAGGAAAUGGUAACUUAAAAAAUAAACAAAAAUAGAUAAUAGCUGCCAUAAAGUAGAAAUGAGGGCAAUGUUUCUGAAACUAUAUACAUUGUGCUGCUUUUUUAAAUAGCUAAUUGGCCAGUUAAAUUCAGGCAAAUUUACAGAGGGCUUGGUAAGUGUUAUUUUCAUCCAUAUAUCUAUAUCUGAGCACUGGAUUUUUAUUUUUUCCUAAGAGCAGUAUUUAAAGUAGACAUUGUAAGAUCUUUACUAUGCUGUUCAAAUUAUUUCUUUUAUAAUGGGUAUUGUUAGGUUUAUUUCUUUUUAUUUGUGUGUGUGUGUGGGAGUGUGUGUGAUCUUUUGUUGCAUUUUUGUGCUAUGAAGAGAAGGCUUGACAAUGUUAUUAAUAUAUUUCAUGCCAGGGAGGUAGUAGAUGUAGGUAACAUUAACAGAAAGCCAUUGGCAUUAUCUUGCUGGAAAAUAUAAGUUGUGCUUCAAAGAAGUAAAAAGAGUAGACAAAUGCUUUGAUUUUUAUUUAGAUUUUUAUUUUAUUUUAACUUCUUGUUUUUAUGUUUUUUUUUGUGGAUGUUUUACGUUACUGGUUAUGCAAAUUAGAGAACUGCUACCCUACUUGGGUAUUGCUUACUUUUGUAUUAUUCAAGCACCUUUUUCAAAGCUGAGUUUAAAUUAAUUGAAUCCAUAAAGUAAAAAAAAAAAA